UUGACUAUUAAUGAUAUGCACCAGUCUAGAUCAGUAGCCUGAGUUGAUGACUACUGUCAACACUAGAUUGUGACCAGAUAGACCUAUGUCAUAGCCUAUGUCCCUAUGACUAGUAUGAUCUAUAGAAUCUAGUAGUAGAUUUAAGUAGAUCUAGAUCUAGUCCUAGAUAUUUAAGAGUUAAUAAGAGCCUAGAUCGGCCUAGGUCUAGUUUAGUUUAGACUUAGAGUUUAAUAGUUUAGAAUAUCUUCUAGUACUUCUACUACUUCUAGAUCUUGCCGACUUGGACUUGACUGGUCUAGAUCUAGUACUACUUAGUACUAGCAGUAGACUACUCUAACUACUCUAAGACUUGCCUGACUUGGUGUCUUGAUCUUAGUCUUAAUCUACCAUAGACUAUAAACACGAUACUCACGGAUACUGUAGUUGUGUGUGACGUUAGCUUCUUUCCAGACCCUUGGUGCUCUGCCCUGGUUAAGAGAUGCCUCUGUAAAGGAAUUGAGAGCUGCCAUUGACAAGCUUACAUUUGGAAAACAGCCGGAUGAGCUAGAGUUCCUUCAGAAACAAGGAUAUAUUGUUUUGGCCCCAAUGCUAUUUGGCAUCUUCUGUUCGGUUGUAAUCCCUGGAAGAUGAAGUACAUAUCCACAGUAGAUUCAAUGGAAGCCUUUUUUAACCUGGCUCAACUUAAAGUUAAAACAAAAACUGUUGUUCGCUGAAGAUGCGGCUCUCACCUCCCAUUCGCAAGGAGGAUUACAAAGAGAGAAGAUACUGUGUAGAAGAGAAAUAGUGAUAACAAAACACAAGAUGGUGACUGAAACUAGCAACUUAUUACAUUAUUCAAGGCUGUCGGAGUUUGAGAGCAAGUAUAGAGUUAAAACUCAGGCACAGCCAGUACUCAAACAGUUACAAGCAUCAAUCAACAAGCGCAUUGCCAGGUUUAAUAUCAAAGAGUCUUUGUUAAGCUUCUUCCCCUUUAUCACCACCUUGAGAAAGUACAAGCUGAAAGAGGAUCUGCCCAAUGAUGUCAUAGCUGGUUUCACAGCAGGAAUUAUGAUGAUCCCACAGGGAAUGGCUUUUGCGGCACUCUCAACAUUACCCCCCAUCGUUGGACUGUAUAUAUCUUUCUUUGCAUCUUUAACUUAUUUUUGGUUCGGAACAGGAAGACAGCUCUCUUGGGGUUGUGUUGCUGUUCUAAGUCUGAUGAUUGCAGGUGUCCUAGACAAAUAUGAUAACAAAGUUAAUGAAGGAAAAAUAUUGAAUUCUUUAGACACAGCUGCAAGACCCAGCUUUUUGUUCAACUUUACAAAUACCUCUGAAUUCUCAAACCAAAAUAUGUCAUUGAUGCCUGAGAAUAUAACAGAACGAUCAUCAAUGUCAGAAAAAGAUUUAAGAAGAAUUGAAGUUGCUAGCGGAGUCACUUUGAUUGCUGGUCUCUUGCUUAUAUUCAUGUCCAUGAUUGGCUUAAGUCGUAUUACCAAUCUUAUGUCAAACUCUCUUAUUACUGGCUUCACAGUUGGGAUAUCAUUUCAUGUGGCUACAAGCCAGCUUAAAGGUAUACUUGGUAUUAAGAUUCCGAGACACACAGGUAUAAUGUCAAUUGUCUACACUUGGAUUGGUGUGCUGAGAAAUGUGCCUAACACUAAUAUUGCUACUCUGCUUACAUCAGUUAUUAGUAUUGCCAUCCUUUACUUGGUUAAAACCUGUGUAAAUGAGAGAUUCCGGCAUAGGUUGAGAGUUCCAAUACCUAUUGAAUUGUUGGUUAUAAUAAUUGGCACUUUAAUUGCCAAGUUUGUUAAUUUCCAUAAAGAUUUUAAAGUGGAUGUUGUCAAAGAAAUACCUAUUGGACUUCCUCCACCCAAAAUACCAGAUCUAGAACUAGCUACAGAUUAUAUUGGUGAUGGCUUAGUCAUUAUAAUUAUUGCAUAUGCUCAGACUUUAGCUAUGGCAAAAACUAUGGGCCUGAAACACAAUUACGUCAUAAAUGCCAAUCAAGAGAUGUUUGCCUCAGGAGCUUGUGCUGUUGUAUGUGGAAUAUUUUCUGGGUACAUCUGUGGAGCAUCUGUUUCACGGUCUGUUGUUCAAGAUGGGGCAGGUGGCAGGACGCAGGUAGCAUCUUUGUUUGCAGCUGGCCUUGUCUUGCUGGUGAUCAUGGUACUGGCACCCUUCUUCUACCAUCUUCCAAUGUGCAUUUUAUCUUCUAUCAUUUUAGUGAAUUUGCUCUCAAUGUUCCAGAAAAUUUUGGAGAUUCCAAAGGAAUGGAGGAAAUCAAGGUAUGAUUGUGCUGUGUGGGUCUGUGCUUGUGUUGCUACAAUAAUACUCAAUGCAGACUUUGGUCUUCUUGCUGGCAUUCUUUUCUCUCUCUUCCUUGUGGCUCUGCGAGGCAUGUUGACACCAAUUAUUGAAACUGGUCAAAUCCAUGCAAGUGCUGGAAAUGUUGAGCUGCGAUCUGUGAAUAGAUAUUCAGACAUUGCUCCAUUGAAAGAUGUUAGAAUCUUUAAAAUUAAGACCCCUCUCUAUUUUGUCAAUGCAGACAUCUUCACUUCCAAAAUAUUCAGCAAAACUGGCAUUAAUCCUAUCAAAAUGAAAAAACAAUCACAGACAUAUAUUGUUAAAAAUAAUGACUCUGGGAAGCUUGACCAAGCGAUUGCAUUAGAUGUAGCUAACACUGAACACUUGUUAGAAAAAAAUCCUUUAGCUUGUUUGAAAGUCUUGAUAUUACACACUGCUGAAGUUUCCUUUAUAGACCUUAUGGGUGUUCAAGCGCUACAGUUUGUUAUCACAGAAUUGUCUUUGGUUGGAGUUGAAGUGCUUAUCACUGAUGUACCUGAGAGCAUUUUGCCUAUGUUAAAGUCGACUGGAUUUCUUGAUAAGAAUAGUGAUAGGCUUUAUCUUUCAGUAGAUGCUGCUUUAGCAUCUACAAUAACACAGCUGAACUCAAGAACUGAUGUGCUAUCCUCUGGUGACAGUGUUCUAUAAAUUAGUUACAAUAAUUGUAAUUAAUUAUUUUUUUCUGUCAUAAAGACAAACCAUUCCGUUUUAAUGAAAAUGUCGGAUCUUAAGAAAUCAAAAUCUGCAGCAACGAUCAUUACCUUGUUUACAAUGUUUAAAAUUAAAUAUGUCUGUUAUACAGACUUUAUUUUGUGAAUGUAACAUGGAAGAAAUGUUUUCAGUUAAAAUAUUUUUUUAUGGUACCGGGUAUUUAUUGUAAAACUAUUCAAAGUCCCAGAUAUUUUUUUAAAGACUUAUAAAAUCCCAACUCUUACAUUAAUGUUUAAAGUAAACAAUGUCAACAUUUCAAAUGGCUGUGUACAUUAUAUUCAUAUAUUAAUUUGUGUACAUUAUAUUAAUAUAUUAAUUUGAUAAAAGUGUAUUUUACAAAUGUUAUCACAUUGUCUUAACAGUUUAGAAAUUGUUUUUAAAAACCAAAACAUUAAGGUAAUGCAUAUAAAGGACAGAGCUUUAAAAGUAUUAAUGAUCAUUGAAACCAUUUUGUUGAGGUUUUGUAUUGAGGUGAAAUAAUUUGGCAUCUUUAGUAGCCCUAGUCAUUUUUUUUUCCUCUAUGAUCCAACACAUAUAUUUUAUCAACUAGUAGUUUUAAUAUUAGAUUUCACUUUAAACCAUCAAUCUUUUUUUUUAAAUUUUGAUGAAUGUUAUUAAUCAACAAAGGAAGACUGAAUCAUGCUCAAAUCUUUAUGAAUAUUAAAUGUAAAGUUGUUUGAUGACCCAAGGCAACAAUAUAGAUAAGGAUGAGAAUCUACAGAGUUUAAAAUAUCCAUUUAUAUUGAGAGAAAAGUAUUGCUAUUGAAAGAGAAAUAGAGUAAAUAUUUUAGAAUUGAAAAGCAUAUCAAUGGCUAAUAUUUCUCUGAGAAUGUAAAAAAAAUUAAAAAAGAAGAAAGAAGACUUUGUCAUCAAUUUUUAACUUUCAAUAAAAAUUAACAUCAUAUUACCUGGUAAUUUGCUAAUCUACACUUGAGACUUUUUAAAGACUCAUUUAAAAAAAAAAAAAAGAUAAAAAAGAAAUUUGCUGUUUUGACUACCAUGCAAUGUGGAUUUGUUGAUGAAUAAAAUAUUUUAUUUACUGACUUACACGGCACUAAACUUAACUUAAUCCUUUUUACUCCUUUUAAUGUAUAUGGCUGCAACAGUACUUUGCCAUUGCACUUGGCAAUACCCUUCAAUUUGGUCCAUGUUCUUCCUGCAAUCUUUCAUUACUUUCAUCUUAAAAUAAUAUGCUAAAAUUAUGUAGGAACCUAGGAUGAACUCUUGAUUGAUGGAAUGGCAGGGAUGACUAGGCCUCCCAUAAGGCUCUGGUAAAAACCCUUGGCUGUUCAUUGUAGUGGCUCAUAUUCCCCAUGCAAGUCAAAUGUCUCUGCAGAUAGAACUUCCUGCAGGACACUUGCCAGACAUGUACCUCAGUAUGUAGGAAUCAGAUUUUGCAAAUAAUUUAGGAAAAGUUAUAGAAUAACAAAGUACCUAUCAAUUUUGCCAAAAAUGUAUCAAAUAAUUUUAAAGGUCCACUUUCCUUUAUACCCUUUUGAUUUAUGAUAUUGUAGAUGUUGAUACGUAAAAGAUAUUUCUUAACAAAGGACAAAGAUAAAAUUUGAUAGUUAUGUUUACUUAAAUAUUGUAGAUGUUGAUACGUAAAAGAUAUUUCUUAACAAAGGACAAAGAUAAAAUUUGAUAGUUAUGUUUACUUAAAUGAUUGUACUCAUGUACUGGUAUAGCACAAACCAUUGGUUCAUUGCAGAUGAUGUCAUGCUCAUCUGUGCCCCAAAAAAACUUUAAUAAGGUAAUAGUUUGGCACAACAAUGACCCUUAUUUACUUUACCCAUGUGCCAUCAGUUGACCAUUAAAAUUUAAGUAACUCAGGGAAAAUCCAUGUCUCCUUUUUGAGGAAAAAUCCUGUGUUCUAUACCACAACUCAAACCUGAGACGUUUGUAAUUGCAAGCUAGAAGUUAACCACAUGACCACUCUCUCCCACCAAAGGCUUAUGUGCCCUUUUUAAAAGUUUUUUUCUGUAAUUUAUCCUGAAUUGACCAACCUGUAUUUCACACUAAUCUUGCAUCAUAAUAUUUCACUCUGUUGCUGUGUUUCACACCCAGUAUUUCACAUUCAUGUAAUAAUUAACAUAACACUUUUAUAGAGUGGAAAAGAUGAAUGCUUCAUUUUCUCCCAUUGUCUCCUGUUAGUUGAGCUUCAUGAAGACUUCCCUAUGAAACAUGCCUACAAAACUUUCAUUCUAUGUAGUGCCAAUGAUACUUUCUUCUAACACAACAUUCUACUAUUCUAUUUCUUGUAUCAACUAAUGCAAAAUGUUACUGCAUGUGCAAUAUUUGACCAGGAGAAACAUUUUCCUACAGGCACAAACAUGAAGUGAUUCACAUGUCUGGAGAUUAUCUUUUAUUUCGUGCCUCAUUUUUAUAAUUUUUUUGUUAAAGAAAUCACUGUAUAUCACUUUAUAUAAUUUGAUAAGGCUAUUAGCUCUAAUGAUUGAUACUAAAUUUCCGAGUCCUUAUAUCUGCCAGAUUUUUAAAAAAUUUCAAUUCUAGUAUAUUUUAAUAUUUUGUGAAGUAAUACACAUGUAUAUUAUUUGUGUGCAUUUUAUGUACUUUUUACAUUUAUCAGCAGCAAUGUCUGCAUUCAUAAUUGUUUACUGCUAGAAUGAAGUCAUUGGGUGUAUAACACAUUUAUAUUUGUUGAAAUACCGUAGCUUCUAACUUACUGCUGAUUAGAUUCUCUAAUGACUUUUGUAUAUUUUAAAGUGUUUUUUUUUUUUAUUUAAUCUCGGCCAUAGAUGGAUUAAACGUAAUAUUAUCGUGGAGGUGCAGAUUCUAUACUUUACAUGGCAAAAUGUAAGACACUGGUUCUUAAAGUGUUUAGACAGCUAACUUUGAUUCCUCCCCCCCCCCCCUUUUUUUUUUUUGAGAAAAAAAAAAAAAAGAUUGUUUUAUUCAAUCUGAAUGGUUUAGAAACCUAUUUCAAGGUACAUCCUAUAACAUUGAUUUCUACACAUGAGCUGUACAUGUAAAAAAAAAAAGCAAUUAUAAUAGAUUAGAAUGUCCUGGUGUAAUUAGCUGUCUACUCAAAGCUAAUUUGAUGUAUCAUAUUUGAGCUCAGGAGAGAAAGCUGCAACAGCGAUCACAAUUAGUGACAAGAACGCCAUUCAAGUAGCUCGCGCUUUGACAUUGAAAGCUAAGAAUUUGCACAAUUUAUUUUAACAUUGAGAAAUUAGAAAGUAUGAGACAAUAGAAGCAAGAGAAAUACAGGCUCAAAAAACGAGAGAACGGCUUGGGCCAAAACAACUCUCCUGUACCUAGAAUUGAUGGGCUACCCUCUGGUGACAGGCUUAUCCUCUUCUGACAGGCUUCUAGAUGGCCUAUCCUCUGCUGACAGGCUUCUAGAUGGGCUAGCCUCUGCUGACAGGCUUAUAGAUGGGCUAUCAUCUUCUGACAGGCUUCUAUAAAUAUUUUUGUAUCUUAACGACGAACAUUUGAGUGAAAAUGUCAGAUCUUAAGAAAUAUUGAAUGUUGCAAUUCCUGGACCUAAUAUUUGUUAUCUGAUUUGUAUUGGCUUGAGACAGUGCCAAGAAAUUUGAACUAGUUCUAUUGAUGAUCUCAGUGUUUGUUUAGAAAAGUCUUGCUUAAAUUGCAAAUAUUCCUGACCACGAAAGAACACUUUGAUGUGCUGCUCAGUUCACAAGAAGUGGAUCAAGGAUCUUAUGAUGUAGGCUACAUGUGGAACUGAACUAAUGAAACAAACGCCAUGCUUUUAAAAAGAAUUAAUUAGCGCAAAAAAUAGUUUUAACAUGUAUGAUUAUACGUUGUUGUUUUUUUUUUAUCUUUGACGUCUACCCGACUCUGCCAAUAUAUUAAAGCAACUGAAGAGAUUUCUUAUUUUUUUACAUUCUUUUUUGUGUUCUGUAGAAACUAACAAAUAUUUGUUUUUUAUCUAACGAUUUGUACUGAAUCAAUUUAUAAAUUAUUUUCAACUUUUUAUUUUUUGAAAAAAGGCAAUUUUGUUAUUAUCCCCUUAUAUCCCCUAUAUGCUUGUGAAAUGUUUAUACAUAGUUUACUUUCUAUAAGUAGACUAGUUACAAUCUAAAUAGAGAUAUAUUUUUUUAUCUAUAUGUAUUUUUUGUUUACAUUCAAAUUAUGAUUCGUUCAAAGAAUGUAUUUGCUUAUAUGAAAGAAAUGGGACUUCAAAAAAAGAUAUGAAACAAUCAUUCUGUUGUUCUAGUUUCACUUCAUUUCUGGAUUUAUAGCUACAUCUACGUUUCAGUUGUUGGCUGUACGUGUUCAGAUGUUUCUUCUACAGGGGAAGGCAUGGGUUCAAACAUGAGAUCACCGUGACGUCAUACCACACAACCAGUCAGCCAUUUUGAUUAGACAUCGUCUGCUUUGCUUAGAAGUAAAACCAGUCAUUGUAUUCAAUCUUUGCAACAGUUAGGUCAAUUAUUAAAUCGCGUAGAUAAUGUUUCAAACAAUACAACUCUCUGUAAAUAGCCUGAACUUAA